UAGCACUGGCAGUCUAAUUUAGACAAACCAAGCGUUUAGACACAAGGCAGUCAAUUGGAAAUAGAACUUUCUUUAAACGAAUUUAUGUAUAAAUUGAAAUGAUUUCAAAAUAUCUUAUUUUACUUGCACUACUCUACCGCUUAUCCUGCGCCAAUGCCUACGUUACAACGACUGAGUUACCCGAAAGUUUGGGUAAUAAAUUCAUUUAUUUCGGUUAUGGCAGUAAUAUGCUUACGAAACGCAUACAUAUACAAAAUCCGACGGCGCAGAAAAUCGGUAUGGGCAUUUUAAAGGAUUAUAGACUAGAUUUUAAUACAUUUACCGAGCGUUGGGGUGGUGCACCGGCGACCAUCGUACCCACAGAUGGUGCCUACGUUUAUGGCACACUCUGGGAGAUCGAUUUGAGCAAUUUAGUAGAUAUUGAUGAUCAAGAAGGCGUCCACGAAGGCAUUUACUAUCCAGUAAGUUUACCAGUUAUGUUGCCGAAUAACACUUUGAUUACUGCACGCGCCUAUUUGCUGGCCGAUCAACCGAAAAACCAUUUAAAUGACUUUUCCAGCGGUGACAAAGUCCCAAUUACGCGUCAACCUUCGAUAACUUACUUGCAGUGUUUGGUAAAGGGUGCUGAAGAAACCGGUAUUGUGCCGUGGUAUGUGGAUUGGCUGAAGGCUGUGAAGCAUAAUGGGCAUGUUGCACCGGAUUUGGAGCGCAUACUAGAAUUAACGGAUGUGAAGUUGAAUUCUUAAAAUACAUCUUAAAUUGGCAAGAUGGAUGUCUGUGAUAUACUAAUAUGUACAUAUUUACUUAGUUGUAUUAGCUUUAUGUGUAAGUUUUUUUAAAGGAUAUUUUAAUUUCUAUCGAAAUUAAAAAAAUCGUUUAAGAUUUAUAGAUAUGUAUACUAAAAAAUAAACCAAAAAUAUUGUUUUU